CAGCCCGGGCGGAAUAGUCGAGCACCGGGUGUAGCCGAGCUAACAUUAGCAUAGUUAGAUCUAGCUAGCAUGUAGGUUGUACCAUUGCGCACUGUUCUGUGUGUUUGUCUUAGGAAAUUCGUGUUCAACGCGAUUCCUUCCGACCCGAGGCGUCGCGGUGCAUGUCGGCGGACGCCUUAUGACAGUUGUCCUCCAAGUCGUCGAUUUGAUCCGUGCAGUGUUCGCCGAUGAGCUAGCUAGCCUAUGGGUGUCAAAGUUAGCCGUGCCUUCACCGGGUGCCUGGUUGCCUGAGCUCGAAUUACGGACACGUCAAGGUAAACAGCGCUGGGCCUGAGCUCACAUUACGGACACGUCAAGGUUCCCCAACCUGUCUUUAUAGUACCUGGGGGCAGUGAUGUCGGAACCGAAGCCCCCCACUCCCACUCCAGCCGGCGACACAUACAAAGGCUGGGUGUUCAAAUGGACCAAUUAUAUCAAAGGUUAUCAGCGGCGGUGGUUCGUUCUGAGCAAUGGACUGUUGUCAUAUUACAGGACCCAGGCCGAAAUGGGGCACACGUGCCGGGGCACCAUCAACCUGGCGACGGCCUCCAUCGCCGUGGACGACGCCUGCAACUUUGUCAUCUCCAACGGCGGCACGCAGACCUACCACCUGAAGGCCAGCUGCGAGGUGGAGCGCCAGCGCUGGAUCACAGCCCUGGAGCUGGCCAAAGCCAAGGCGGCCCGCAUGCAGGCUGAGUCAGACGACUCCGGCGACGACUUCUCCCUGUCCUGCCCCCCCGCGCCCCACGGGCAGAGCGCCGCCGCCGCGUCGCAGAACUCCGAGGUCCAGUCCACGCUGCGCACCCUGGCCAGCAAGGUGGAGGAUCUGAGCACGUGCAAUGACCUCAUCUCCAAGCACGGCUCCGCCCUCCAGAGAUCUUUGUCGGAGCUGGACAGCCUACGUCUCACUGGAGAGGCCGGCGACAAGAUUCGACAGGUCACUGAGAGAGCCACGCUGUUUCGCAUUACCUCCAACGCCAUGAUUAAUGCGUGCCGGGACUUCCUGGCGCUGUCGCAGGCCCACAGCAAGCGGUGGCAGAAGGCCCUGCAGGCGGAGCGUGACCAGCGGAUCCGCCUGGAGGAGACCCUGGAGCAGCUGGCCAAGCAGCACAACAACCUCGAGCGGGCCUUCCGCGGGAACUCGCAGUCCAACACCACGCUGGACAGCAAGGGUUCGGCGGGGCCCGGGAAGGGCGAGGCGAGCGACGACGACGACGACAACGAGUUCUUCGACGCCAUGGAGGAGGCCCCGGAGUUCAUCACCGUUCCCGCCGACCCCCAGUUCCACAAACGCUCUAGCAGUAACGUCAGCGGCUUCAACAGUGAAAUGGGUUCAGAUGACCAGUCGCUCAACGAGGAGCCCCUCUCGGCCAACCAGGACUCGCCGUCGCUGGACCUGGUGCCGGUGAAGAAGAGGCGCAGCCGCAUCCCGGAUAAACCCAACUACUCCCUGAACCUCUGGAGCAUCAUGAAGAACUGCAUCGGCAAGGAGCUGUCCAAGAUCCCCAUGCCGGUGAACUUCAACGAGCCCAUCUCCAUGCUGCAGCGGCUGUCCGAGGACCUGGAGUACCACGAGCUGCUGGACAAGGGCGCCAAGUGCGGCAGCGCCCUGGAGCAGCUGUGCUACGUGGCGGCCUUCUCCAUCUCCUCCUACUCCACCACGGUGCACCGCACGGGCAAGCCCUUCAACCCCCUGCUGGGGGAGACCUACGAGCUGGACCGCGGCCGGGAGAGUGGCUACCGCUCCCUCUGCGAGCAGGUGAGCCACCACCCGCCGGCGGCCGCGCACCACGUGAUCUCUAGCCGGGGCUGGACGCUGCGGCAGGAGAUCACCGUGGCCAGCAAGUUCAGGGGCAAAUACAUCUCCAUUAUGCCCCUAGGAACCAUCCACGCCAUCUUUGAGAAGGGCGACAAUCACUACACCUGGAAGAAGGUCACCACCACGGUUCACAACAUCAUCGUGGGCAAGCUGUGGAUCGACCAGUCGGGGGAGAUCGACGUGGUGAACCACACCACCGGCGACCGAUGCCACCUGAAGUUCGCCCCCUACAGCUACUUCUCCAGAGAUGUGGCGAGGAAGGUGACCGGGCUGGUGACGGACAAGGAUGGCAAGGCCCACUACGUGCUGUCGGGCACCUGGGACGAGAAGAUGGAGUUCUCCCGCGUCAUGCAGAGCAGCCGCGGCAGCAGCAGCGGCAGCGGCGCCGCCGGGGAGAACGGCGCCGCCGAGGCCAGACAGAAGACCGUCUACCAGACGCUGAAGGCCCGCGAGAUCUGGCACAAGAACGCCCUGCCGGAGCGGGCAGAGACCAUGUACUUCUUCACGGAGCUGGCUCUGACGCUGAACGAGGCGGAGGAGGGCGUGGCCCCGACGGACAGCCGGCAGCGGCCCGACCAGCGGCUGAUGGAGGCGGGCCGUUGGGACGAGGCCAACGCCGAGAAGCAGCGGCUGGAGGAGAAGCAGCGCAGCGUGCGCCGCGAGCGGGAGCGCGAGGCCGCCAGCCUGCGCACCUCCAGCCAAUCGGAAGAGGGUACUGCUGUCGAAGAGGACAUCUUUACUGACCCCGCUCUGAAAAGCGUCCCGCACGACAGCCACAAGGCGCUGUGGUUCGACCGCUGCGACGACCCCAUCACCGGCGAGCCCGUGCACAUCUACAACGGGGGCUACUGGGAGGCCAAGGAUACGGGCACCUGGGAGGGCUGCGGAGACAUCUUCUAAACCCCCCCCCACGCCGCCGCCGGACCCCACCCCACUGUCACACUUCCACCGCCACCAGGGGAUUCUCCACUCCAGCCCCACCCCCCCGAAAGGCAGCUCUCUGUUCUAGGAGAGCUUGAGGACCCCCCGGUUUUCCUGCCUGGUCCUCAUCUCUUCAACACGCCAAACCCCCCCCCCCCCGAACCCCUGACCCCCAUCAACUAUGUCCUAGGAGUGGGUCCUAACCCCAUCACCUAUGUCCUAGGACUGGGUCUUUACCCCCCCAUCACCUAUGUCCCAGGAGUGGGUCCUCACCCCCAUCAUCUAUGUCCUAGGAGUGGGUCUUUACCCCCCCAUCACCUAUGUCCUAGGAGUGGGUCCCAGGAGUGGCUCCUGACCCCAUCACCUAUGUCCUAGGAGUGGGUCCUGACCCCAUCAUCUAUGUCCUAGGAGUGGGUCCUGACCCCAUCAGCUAUGUCCUAGGAGUGGGUCCUGACCCCAUCAUCUAUGUCCUAGGAGUGGGUCCUGACCCCUACCAUCUAUGUCCUAGGAGUGGGUCCUGACCCCUACCAUCUAUGUCCUAGGAGUGGGUCCUGACCCCUACCAUCUAUGUCCUAGGAGUGGGUCCUCAUUCCCAUCACCUAUGUCCUAGGAGUGGGUCCUGACCCCAUCAUCUAUGUCCUAGGAGUGGGUCCUGACCCCUACCCCCUAUGUCCUAGGAGUGGGUCCUCAUUCCCAUCAUCUAUGUCCUAGGAGUGGGUCCUCAUUCCCAUCACCUAUGUCCUAGGAGUGGGUCCUGACCCCUACCACCUAUGUCCUAGGAGUGGGUCCUCAUUCCCAUCACCUAUGUCCUAGGAGUGGGUCCUCAUUCCCAUCACCUAUGUCCUAGGAGUGGGUCCUGACCCCUACAACAUAUGUCCUAGGAGUGGGUCCUCAUUCCCAUCACCUAUGUCCUAGGAGUGGGUCCUGACCCCACCACCUAUGUCCUAGGAGUGGGUCCUGACCCCUACCACCUAUGUCCUAGGAGUGGGUCCUCAUUCCCAUCACCUAUGUCCUAGGAGUGGGUCCUGACCCCUACAACAUAUGUCCUAGGAGUGGGUCCUCAUUCCCAUCACCUAUGUCCUAGGAGUGGGUCCUGACCCCACCACCUAUGUCCUAGGAGUGGGUCCUGACCCCUACAACAUAUGUCCUAGGAGUGGGUCCUGACCCCAUCACCUAUGUCCUAGGAGUGGGUCCUGACCCCAUCACCUAUGUCCUAGGAGUGGGUCCUGACCCCAUCAGCUAUGUCCUAGGAGUGGGUCCUGACCCCAUCAGCUAUGUCCUAGGAGUGGGUCCUGACCCCAUCAGCUAUGUCCUAGGAGUGGGUCCUGACCCCUACCAUCUAUGUCCUAGGAGUGGGUCCUGACCCCUACCAUCUAUGUCCUAGGAGUGGGUCCUGACCCCUACCAUCUAUGUCCUAGGAGUGGGUCCUGACCCCUACCAUCUAUGUCCUAGGAGUGGGUCCUGACCCCUACCAUCUAUGUCCUAGGAGUGGGUCCUGACCCCUACCAUCUAUGUCCUAGGAGUGGGUCCUGACCCCUACCAUCUAUGUCCUAGGAGUGGGUCCUGACCCCUACCAUCUAUGUCCUAGGAGUGGGUCCUGACCCCUACCAUCUAUGUCCUAGGAGUGGGUCCUCAUUCCCAUCACCUAUGUCCUAGGAGUGGGUCCUGACCCCAUCAUCUAUGUCCUAGGAGUGGGUCCUGACCCCUACCAUCUAUGUCGCAGGAGUGGGUCCUCAUUCCCAUCAUCUAUGUCCUAGGAGUGGGUCCUCAUUCCCAUCACCUAUGUCCUAGGAGUGGGUCCUGACCCCUACAACAUAUGUCCUAGGAGUGGGUCCUCAUUCCCAUCACCUAUGUCCUAGGAGUGGGUCCUGACCCCACCAUCUAUGUCCUAGGAGUGGGUCCUGACCCCUACCACCUAUGUCCUAGGAGUGGGUCCUCAUUCCCAUCACCUAUGUCCUAGGAGUGGGUCCUGCCCCCUACAACAUAUGUCCUAGGACUGGGUCCUCAUUCCCAUCACCUAUGUCCUAGGAGUGGGUCCUGACCCCACCACCUAUGUCCUAGGAGUGGGUCCUGACCCCUACAACAUAUGUCCUAGGAGUGGGUCCUGACCCCAUCACCUAUGUCCUAGGAGUGGGUCCUGGUAUCCUUGUGUGAACGUGGAACCAUCGCGUUGCGGGGGUGGUGGUGGUGGUGGUGAUGGUGAUGGUGCGAGUGGCGACUUGUGCUGCGCUUUAUAUCUGGUCUAAAUCCCUUCUGGGAGGAGGAGGGGGGAGAGAGAGCGAACGUCCUGAAAUAGGUCAUCCAUACUCCUCCCUUGCCAUCGCCCCCUCCCCCCUCGGUGGAUCCUCCAUUGUAAUCAGUGUAAUACCCCCCCUCCCCCCCCCCCCGUGGCCGGUAGGCCGUCUGGGGGGAGGGGCUAUAGUUCAGUAAUUGACUAAAGACAUUAAUUGGUGGCCUUCGUGACGAUUGCAGCGGGCGUCUCUUUGUUUGCUAUUUUGUUAUUCUUAAUGAUUUUGUCGCCUGACGAAGGCAAAAAUUGAAGGUUUAUGGUUUGGUCUUCCAUCUUUUCUUUUUUUUUUUUUACCUUCUCGAGGCAGCAUGCUCUACAAAAAUCUGAACUUUCAUCCGUACUGCUAACCUCUCUCUUUCUCUCUCUCUCUUCAGAGUCUGAUCUGUUCAUGACGCCAUUGCCUCGUGAAGUCGGGGGGUUUGCCUUAGAAACAAUUUGUCCCGCGCAUUCGUUUUGUUUAUGUUUUUUAUGAGAGGAUGGAUGAGAUGGGCCAGAUUGUCUGUUGGUCGGUUUGUUUGGUUGGGGUGAAAGAAGAUAUUCAUGUUGAAUAUUAUAUUAUAAAGGAGAACAGAAUUAGGUAAAGAGUUGGCUGCAGCGCUUGCAUUUUAUCGCAAAGAGGAAAUAAUUAAGAGAGGAAUGAAUGAGAUUUGAAUGAAGUGCCAUUUUACACUGUAGAAGAGUACAAGUGUGCGUGCGUGUGUGUGUGUGCGCGUGUGUGUGUGUCAAAUACAUUGACCGAAUAGAUUCCUUUUAAAGUCGAGGCGAGUGCUUGGACAGUCUAAAAGGACCCAAGCAAGAGCGGAAUGAACAAGUUUUAAAUGCAUCGGUAAAUACAACUAACUACACACACACACAUCCGAAUGCUCUGGCGAUUUCGUGCAUAUGCAAAAUGUGUGUCUUGGAACACCAAAAAAAAGAAAAGAUAUGGGAUAUACUGUGUGUGUGUGUGUGUGAGAGUAAUUUUGUUUAAGUGUACUUAAUGAAGUGAAUAAAGAAACAAAGACUUUAAAAAACCAUUGAAAAUAACUAUGAUUUUAUAAAUGUAUAGAAAAUGGUAAUAUUCAACUCUAAUUGUACGGUAGCUCAUUCUUGUCCAACUGUUCCUCUGCAGAGGAAUUUCUGCGUUUUCACAAAAAAAGGGAGUUUCCAGAACUUUCUAUAUGGAAGUGUACACAUGAUCUUCAGUAUUUUGACUCGAGAAAGUGACUUUGCUAUAAACACCUGCUGGUAUAUCAGAAAAUAAUGCUUUUCGUACUCUGAUCUUCAAUUUUGUUUGACUGUGUUUUACAUUAUUAACGGAUAACACAAUUGAAGGUUGUUUGCCAAAUCCUGUAGAAAUGUAAGUUUUUUUUUUUUUGUUCCAGUUCAAUCUGUGCAACAUUGAUGGGAACAUGUAAAAGGUUGAAAAUAAAAUCACAAAAGAGAACUAUU